AUGGGGAAUCGUGAAGAUAUAAGGGCAGGGAGCGAAGAUGCUGUUACUGCUCUUGUGGUUGCUGGGAAUAUUGAUGCUGUUCUUCGUGUUACUGGAGAUGAUUUUGCUGUUCCUGGUAAUGCUGAGGAUGUUGUUGCUGUUCCUGGGGUUAUGAAAACGGAGUCAGGUGAUGGCGGGGGCGGCACUAUGGCGGUCAGCGAGGAGUUCUGGCACGAAAUUGAGAAAUUCAGGUUAAUAAUUCUUCGCGAUGUCGAAGGCUGUGACUCUUUAGAUGCAGUGGCGACUGGCGGCGAAGAUGUCAGCAGAGAAAUGCUGGCGGCGUGUGAGCGUAUAGUGGAGGACGUGGUGGCCAGCAUCAGUGUUGGCGAGCCCCCGGUGCUGAGAGUGCCACGCCCACCCCGCAGGGGUGGGAGCGGAACCGGAGGUGAGAGUCUGGUGAGCCUGGGAGCCUCUCGGAGCACCCGACGCUUCACCCACCUCAUCCACACGCUCGCCCAGGCCUAUCGUCACGUGGCCAGCGGCACCUACGCUACCAGGAGGAAGGAUGAUCAAGGUCCUGUGGAUUCCAACUCAUUGGAAGUUGAGGAACGAGCAAAUGUGUUAGCUGCUGAGGGUGCCAAAGGAAACCAGGUUAAAACAGGUCAAUCUCAUCUUUUUUGCAGGGAUGUGUACUAUGAGUCUGUGUGGCUGUACCAGUCGCAGGCCGCGCUGGACCGUUCAGCAGAAGACCUGACGCGGGUGUUGGGUGUUCCACGGCGGGGGCUUCAUCUCACCAUCACGGGCAAGGGUCUUGUCGCUGGCGACCUCACCUACACCACCCACGACGGCACCAUCGUCUGCGUCAGCCACACUCAGAACGGGAUGCUGGUGCCGGAGAGCGUGGAGGGCCUGACGAGGGUGGUGUCGCAGGCCCGCUACAUCCUCGUUGUGGAGAAGGACGCCACUUUCCAGAGGCUGGUCGAGGCCCAGGUCCACCGCACCUUCGGACCUGCCAUACUCCUUACGGGAAAGGGGUACCCUGACGUGUCGACGCGGCAGCUGCUGCACCGCCUCUGGAGGGAGUUGAGGGUGCCGGUGUUGGCCUUGACGGACGCCGACCCCUACGGCCUCCACAUCGCUGCCGUCUACAAGUUUGGUGCCCUGGCGCGGGAGGACCCGGGUCUAGCCGUCAGCAGCCUGGCCUGGCUGGGCAUUCUACCCACGGAUUUGCCGGCGCUACAACUCCCACCUCAUGCUCUCCUGCCGCUCACACCGACCGACCACGGGAAGUUGGCCUCCCUCGCCGCCCACCCCGCCCUCUCCAGGAGCCCCGCCUGGCUCACACAGAUUCACGAGCAGCAAGAGUCUGGCUACAAAGCGGAGAUUCAGAGCCUGACACAUAUCAACCCGGAUUACCUCACCUCUGUCUACUUGCCCACCAAGCUCCGUCAGGCUGGCUGGGUCCUCUGAUGAUGACACAUUACUGGUUGACUUCGACUCUUGGAAUACCACUGCUGUAGGAGAAGUACGAGAUGGAUGUUUCCGCAAGUGGCGGGCACGACCACUCGGGCAUAAGCUUUUAUAAGGAGUCAACAAACACUUAUUUUGGUCGAUGGGAAGACGACUUGGUCUUUAUAAUUCACGUGUAGUUGGAUGAGGCUAGAUCUUUAUAAUUCACGUGUGGUUGGAUGAGGCUAGGUCUUUAUAAUUCACGUGUGGUUGGAUGAGGCUAGGUCCUUAUAAUUCACGUGUGGUUGGAUAAGGCUAGGUCUUUAUAAUUCACGUGUGGUUGGAUGAGGCUAGGUCUUUAUAAUUCACGUGUGGUUGGAUGAGGCUAGGUCUUUAUAAUUCACGUGUGGUUGGAUGAGGCUAGGUCUUUAUAAUUCACGUGUGGUUGGAUAAGGCUAGGUCUUUAUAAUUCACGUGUGGUUGGAUGAGGCUAGGUCUUUAUAAUUCACGUGUGGAUGGAUGAGGCUAGAUCCUUAUAAUUCACGUGUGGUUGGAUGAGGCUAGGUCUUUAUAAUUUACGUGUGGUUGGAUGAGGCUAGAUCUUUAUAAACCACGUGUGGUUGGAUGAGGCUAGGUCUUCAUA